AAAACUGUCCAUCCUUUUCCUUCAGUUUAGGAUUUAAUGGGUGAACAGGGGUGUAGCUGCAUGUGACACUGUUCCCAACAGCACAGGCAUCCCUGCAGAGGCUGGUGGGGAGGUGGAGGGCUGUGCAGCUCCCCUGUUCAGGCAGAGUGCAGCUACGUGGAGCUUGUGUUGUUGGUUUGUUUUAGGUCUAGGCCAUGUGAGAGCUGAGCUGGGAUGGAGCAUGACUCACACGCCCCGUGGGAAUUCAAUGGCUCCUUCCAUCAGCCUUCAGCUUUCCUCAUGAUGGGCAUCCCGGGCCUGGAAGCCCUUCACCCCUGGAUCUCCAUCCCCUUCUGUGCGCUCUACCUUGCUGCUCUGCUGGGGAACUGCGCCAUCCUGUUCAUCAUCAGGAGGACCCCCAGCCUCCACGAGCCCAUGUACUACUUCCUGUCCAUGCUGGCAGUCACCGACCUGGGCUUGGCUCUCUGCACCCUGCCCACCACGCUGGGCCUCUUUUGGUUCGACGUGCGCAGCAUUGGCUUCGACGCCUGCCUCGCUCAGAUGUACUUCAUCCACAUCCUGUCCUUCAUCGAGUCCUCCGUGCUCCUGGCCAUGGCCUUCGACCGCUUCAUCGCCAUCUCCCACCCCCUGAGACACCCGGCCAUCCUGACCAAGAGCACUGUCCUAAAGAUAGGCCUGGCCAUUGUGCUGAGGGGGAUGGUCUCGCUGCUCCCCAUCCCCUUCCUGCUCAAGAGACUGACCUACUGCGGCAAGACCGAGCUGUCCCACUCCUUCUGCUUCCAUCCCGACAUCAUGAACCUGGCCUGUGCGGAUAUAAAGGUCAACGUCUUCUACGGGAUGAUCGUUCUCUUAUCCACGGUGGGGAUGGACUUCAUCUUCAUCGUGCUGUCCUACGUCCUCAUCAUCAGAACCGUGGUCAGCCUCACCACCAAGGAGGAGUGUCUGAAGGCUUUGAACACCUGUGUCUCCCACAUCUGUGCUGUCCUCGUGUUCUUCAUCCCCAUGAUCGCACUGUCCAUGAUCCAUCGCUUUGGGAAGAACGUUCCUCCUCUCGUUAACACCUUGGUGGCCUACACCUACCUCAUCAUUCCCCCUGCUCUCAACCCCGUUAUCUACAGCAUAAAAUCCACCCACAUCCGGGAGGCUUUGCUCAGGGCCCUGUGCAGGAAGCGUGGGUCUGACUGGUAG